AAAUAAAAUGAAUAGCAAGCCAGUAAUUCCCAACGGCAUGGAAGUUGGUGUUUACAAACCCUACUACUAUGAUUAUUCUCUUAAACCACAGAAAAAGAAGCAAACUAACUCUAGAAGAGCUUAUUCCAAAAAACCAGCAGCAAGAGAUUUUGAAUCACAGAACAUCUUAACAGAUAGUAUGACUUAUUGUAAGUCUCCAAAAGAAUCUCCAAAAAUGAAGCUAGGUAUGAAACUACCUAAAAAUACAACCCUUCCUUCAAAUCAGUCAAGGAACUAUCCUAACAGAUCUAGUAACAAGCUAGUAGCAGGGCCCUCAAAGUCAAGCCUUAGGAAAGUAUCUACAGUAAGAAGCUCAGAAGGCUACAACCUAACAGAUUUGGAGAAGAGCCAAUACGGCAACAGAAUGGCCACAGGAUAUAAAAAGCUAAGUCUAUUGGGAAAAGGAGGCUGUGCCAUCGUCUGGCUAGCCAAGCACAUUGAGACUGGCGCUAAAGUAGCAGUCAAGCAAUUCCCUAAGAAAAUGGAUGUAAGUUCAGGGCGAGUUGAAGCUUUGAUUCUCCAACGGAUUUUUGAAAAUGAGAUUGACUCCACAGAAUUUCCAGGAAUCAAUUACAUUGCCAAAUUAUUGGAUACCAUUGAGGACAAAAAUGAUCUCUGGCUGAUAUAUGAACUAGGAGGAGUCACGCUUACAAAGAACUUAUUCGAAGUCAAAGGAGAGUUUUUCAAAGGCCAAAGAGUCUACCAUUGCAAUUAUCAAAAAUUCUAUUAUGCCUUAAAAACAAAAAGAAAGGUGAUGGUUGACUUCAUGACUAAAAUGCUUCAAGUUUUUGAGCUUCUUUCAGCACUUGAUAUUGUUCAUGCAGACUUAAAGCCAGACAAUAUAUUGGUAGAUUUUGAUGGAGAACAGAUAAAAGAUAUGAAAUUGAUAGAUUUUGGAUCAGCCUUCAUCUUCUCAAACGCCAAAUCGAUAAGCAUGAGCACACCAGAGUAUCUUUCUCCAGAGGUUCUCAAAUUCAUCGAUAAAAGGCAUUCCUUAGGCAUUGAAGGGGCCAAAGCAAUGUUUAGGAAAAUGAACUCAUGGAGUUAUGACGCUUGGUCAAUCGGUGCAAUCUUCCUAGAAAUUGUUACAGGUUUUCCCCUUUGGUUAGGCCUAAAGGGUAAAAUCACAACAAGAAAAGGGAAAAAUAUUGUCAAUUUUGGCAUUUUUGGUGUCAGAGGAAGAGACAAUGCAAAAAUAAUCAACAAGCAAAACACUGUCCUCAAAGACUUACCUUCAUGCAUUAAGAAGUACGACUCAUAUAGUAACGAAUGAGAUGAAGUACUAAUGGACUUCCUCUAUGGAUUGCUUGAAAAGUCUCCAAGAAAGAGGAUGUCCCCUACAGAAGCUCUAGCUCAUCCAUUCAUCACACAAGAGGAGGCAUAAAUUCGUUGAUGAAUAUUACAAUUUCAUAGUCA